AUAGUAUUCGCCUUAGCUAAGGUAUCUGGAGAUAGGUAGCGAUGACUGCCCAACACCAGGCAUUCUGUAUCGACAGCUUGCAAACGCGCAAACGCGCUGAAUCAAACAGGUACAGAUGCGGAUGCGUACCUAAGUAUCUACUCUUCGUGCCGAAGGUGCAGCUGAGUGAGACCCCUCCCUCGUGUUGGCUGCGUUAGCUCCCCCGCCUCUUCAGCUAUUCAAUCAAUGUCUUGAGUCUCCAAGGCAUUCGUGUCUCCCUUGCUUCGCCUGGGGAACAGACAAAUAACAAGUAUCCUCGCCUCCUCUCAUCUCUCCGACAGCUCCAAGUUUCCUCUUCUCUCACUCGUAGCGCUUCCUGCCGAUUUCUCUGCGUCCUAUAAAUUCUUUGUGUAGUCUACAUCGGCUCGAAUCCGUUCCCCCACCAUCAAGCUCCGCAAUGGCGACAACUAAUGGCACGACAAUUAAUGGCGCUGGCAAAGCCAACCGUUUCCUCAUCUGGGGAGGCGAGGGCUGGGUUGCCGGUCACCUCAAGGCCCUGCUCGAGAGCCAGGGAAAGGAAGUCUACUCGACUACCAUCCGCAUGGAGAACCGCGAGGCCGUUCUGGCCGAGCUGGACAGGGUCAAGCCCACCCAUGUCCUGAAUGCCGCCGGGUGUACCGGUCGACCCAACGUUGACUGGUGCGAGGACAACAAGGAGGCCACGAUUCGGUCCAAUGUCAUCGGGACCCUGAACUUGACCGAUGCCUGCUUCCUCAAGGGCAUUCACUGCACCGUCUUCGCCACGGGGUGUAUCUACCAGUACGAUGAGAAGCAUCCCUGGGAUGGCCCGGGUUUCGUCGAGACCGACCCGGCCAACUUCUCGGGGAGCUUCUAUUCGAUGACCAAGGCACAUGUCGAGGAGGUUAUGAAACAUUACAACAACUGCCUCAUCCUCCGACUCCGCAUGCCCGUCUCUGACGACCUGCACUCGCGCAACUUUGUGACCAAGAUCGCCAAGUACGAGCGUGUCGUCGACAUCCCCAACAGCAACACGAUCCUCACCGAUCUCCUGCCCGCUGCGAUCCUGCUGGCCGAGCACAGCGAGCUGGGCAUCUACAACUUCACCAACCCGGGCGCCAUCUCGCACAACGAGGUGCUGACGCUGUUCCGCGACAUCGUCCGGCCGGGCUUCGCGUGGAAGAACUUCAGCCUAGAGGAGCAGGCCAAGGUCAUCAAGGCGGGGCGCAGCAACUGCAAGCUCGACACGACCAAGCUGGUCACCAAGCUGAAGGAGUACAACUAUGAGGUGCCCGAGGUCCACGAGGCGUACAGGAGGUGCUUCGAGCGCAUGAAGGCUGCCGGUGUUCAGUAAGGCCUUCGAAAGCUGGAAUACUGGGGGGCUGCUGCAUCGGGUAGGUAUCUCUGAAACCCAACCAGAGAGAACCCGGAAAAUAUGAUGAGAGAAUCGGGGGACAGGAAGUGGGCCAUAAAACUAGACGGUUAGUUACAAGGGAGUUUGUAGGACGGCAUUCGGGGUUAAAAUCAACAUAAUUGAUUACAUGCUACUCUGACAACC